AAGUCCUAAAAAUUUUUAGGGAGGAGAAAAAAUGUGAUUCAUACAAAAGCUCAAGAAUUCGAAUCUCACAGGACUUCCCUACAGCAGCAUUGAAAAGCUGGAAGACAAUGGAACAAUGCCUGCAAAAUUCUGAGGCAAAGUUUUCCAACCUAGAAUUAUAUACACAGACUAUCAGUAGUAAUCAUAAGGGUUGAUAAAGUAUAUUUUAGACAUGCAUGAUCUCAAAACUUUUACCCCUUUUAUGACAUUUUUCAGGAAGCCAAUGGAGAAUAUUCUCCACUAAAAUGAGGGAGUAAACUGGAAGAGAGAAAGACAUGGAUAUAUGGUUUGGCUGUGUCCCCACCCAAAUCUCACAUCGAACUGUAAUAAUCCCCACGUAUCAAGGGCAGGCCCAGGUGGAGAUAAUUGAAUCAUGGGGGCAGUUUCCCCAUACUGUUUUCAUGGUGGUGAGUAAGUCUCACAAGAUCUGAUGGUUUUAUAAAUGAGAGUUCCCAUGCACAAGCUCUCUCUUGUCUGCCACCAUGUAAGACAUGACUUUGCUCAUUUGCCUUCUUCCAUGAUUGUAAGGCCUCCCCAGCCAUGUGGAUCUGUGAGUCAGUUAAACCUCUUUCCUUUAUAAAUUACCUAGUCUCAGCUAUGUCUUUAUUAGCAGCGUGAGAACAGACUAACACAUGAGAGAUCCAGGAAACAGGAAUCCAACAAAAGAGAGAGGGAGGUGAUGGGCAUCCCUAGGUUCAUGGUGAAUGCACAUUCAUGGAGGCAGCUAUAGGCUGGGCGUGGUGCUGGUAAUCCCAGUGCUUUGGGAGGCUGAGACGAGGAUUAUUUGAGGAGUUCAAGACCAAGAGUAGUAGCUGCUGUGCAGCAGACCUACAGAGUCCUAAUUAGAGCAAGUUGAGAUUAAUUUGAAAAAAUGUCUAUAAGAAGAGAUUUGCAAAAUUGAGGGAUUCUCUGGUGAUGAAUCAGUGAUCAAUUUGUAGAAAACUGAAUAUGUAGAUUGAAUUGUCCAGAAACAGAGCCUUCACCACUUAUUUAACAGAAAGCAAUUAAUAUGAAGAAUUGCUAACUAGUAAUUGAGAACCAAAAAUGCAAAGGAAAAUUAAGUAUCAUUGAGGUAACAACUGCAGGAAGCAGCUACCACCUCUAGGUUAGGGAAACAAAGAGAAGAUACUGGGCCAGUGAAAACUUAGAAGUUUGGAGGACCCAGCACUCUGAGGAAGAGGUAGUGACUAGCAAGCCCUAUUUCUCAGAACUCAGAGGAAGUUACUAGUGGAUCAGGGACCCAGACCUUUGAGGAGGGGCUACCAGAUGGCUGGCUGGUGCUGAUGUCUCUGAAAUGGGAUACAGUGAGGCUGAUUUUGCAAGUGUUGGAAAAAAUACAAGCUGGAUUUUGCUGCUACUGUUUUCUUUUUGGUAGACACAGGAGCUCACUCUGUUGCCCAGGCUGGUCUUGAACUCCUGGCCUCAAGCCAGCCUCCUACCUCAACCUCCGGAGGUGGCACAUGCCACCAUGCCCGGCUUGCAGCUGCUAUUGAAACAAUCUGCUAGUGGGAUGGAAGAGAAAGGCUGAUAUUAGGUUUUCAUGAAUAGGAAGCCCAGGAAGCAAACCAGAAAAAGGCAGAUAUCCUUUCUUCCUCUUCCAGCCUCCCUGUCUGUAUCUGUCUGUGUCUCUAUGUGUGUCACUGUCAGAAAUGAAGAGGCUGGCAACUGACAAAGGAGGAAUGUGGUCUCCAGAGCCCAAGUCACAAAGUAGCCCAUGGAAGAAGAAGAUUAUGACGUUUGUGCCGAGGCUCCCUGUGAACAGCAGUGCACGGACAACUUUGGCCGAGUGCUGUGUACUUGUUAUCCGGGAUACCGAUAUGACCGGGAGAGACACCGGAAGCGGGAGAAGCCAUACUGUCUGGAUAUUGAUGAGUGUGCCAGCAGCAAUGGGACGCUGUGUGCCCACAUCUGCAUCAAUACCUUGGGCAGCUACCGCUGCGAGUGCCGGGAAGGCUACAUCCAGGAAGAUGAUGGGAAGACGUGUACCAGGGGAGACAAAUAUCCCAAUGACACUGGCCAUGAGAAGUCUGAGAACGUGGUGAAAGCCGGAACUUGCUGUGCCACAUGCAAGGAGUUCUACCAGAUGAAGCAGACCGUGCUGCAGCUGAAGCAAAAGAUUGCUCUGCUCCCCAACAAUGCAGCUGACCUGGGCAAGUAUAUCACUGGUGACAAGGUGCUGGCCUCAAACACCUACCUUCCAGGACCUCCUGGCCUGCCUGGGGGCCAGGGCCCUCCCGGCUCACCAGGACCAAAGGGAAGCCCAGGCUUCCCCGGUAUGCCAGGCCCUCCUGGGCAGCCCGGCCCACGGGGCUCAAUGGGACCCAUGGGACCAUCUCCUGAUCUGUCCCACAUUAAGCAAGGCCGGAGGGGCCCUGUGGGUCCACCAGGGGCACCAGGAAGAGAUGGUUCUAAGGGGGAGAGAGGAGCACCUGGGCCCAGAGGGUCUCCAGGACCCCCUGGUUCUUUCGACUUCCUGCUACUUAUGCUGGCUGACAUCCGCAAUGACAUCACUGAGCUGCAGGAAAAGGUGUUCGGGCACCGGACUCACUCUUCAGCAGAGGAGUUCCCUUUACCUCAGGAAUUUCCCAGCUACCCAGAAGCCAUGGACCUGGGCUCUGGAGAUGACCAUCCAAGAAGAACUGAGACAAGAGACUUGAGAGCCCCCAGAGACUUCUACCCAUAGCACAUCCCAACACCGUCACGCCAAAGGAAGAGAAAGAUCAACUCACCUGCAGUUAAACCAUCCUAAGAGAAAAAAGACCACUGGAGACCUAGAAAACAUACAUUUUUCUCUUCUCUUCUCUUCUCCUGACGUCUCUCCACUCCUCUUCUUCCAAAUACGACGCUAUUUUCAGAGUCCCCUCCUAGGCCUGCAGACAUGAGGGAGUGAAUGAUUGAUUUACCUGCUUCUCACUAAGAGUCCGUUGGGGUGGUUUGCGUUGUAACUUUUCUUUUACAUCCUAUUUUUCCAGGAACUUUGGAUUUAAGUACUCUCACAGUGUCUUAAAUCAUAAAUUCUUGAAGUUAAAUUUGGCAGAGUAUCAAAAGGUGGAAAAUGACAAAGUGAGCUCUGAGAAAAUGUGAGGCUACUUCUAAGAUGUGUGUUCACAAUAGACCAUAACUCCUCUAGUAUCAAAAUUGGGGCUCUUCAGUUAAAAAGGGGUGGGGAGGACAAACGUGUCAAUGUACUUUGGUGGAGAAUUUUUUCCUUGUGCUUCUAGUAGACUUUAAAUAUUGUAUCCCUUUGUGAAACCUUGUUUCCCAAAUUCAAUUAAAGAGAGGAGAGAAUUGAAUGGCGUUUAGAGAAGAUAGAAAAGAAUCACAGUCAUUUAUUUACUGUUAUAUAGAUUGCCACAUUCUAAAAUUCAAAUAUGGUGCUUAAGGUUUCAUGCCAUGCUUAUCUGUAAGUAUCCUAUUUAGGGAAGAAGAUUAAACUCUCUUUUCAAAAAAAACAAAGUGAAAUGCCUGGAUUCACAUUAAAACAAUGGGCUCUGGUUUGCUAGAAUAUUUUAAAGCUGUUUAAUCAACAGUGGAGUCUGCUCUAUAAAUAGAGAUUAUUUGUUCAAUAAAGUGGCUGAGCUUAGAGAGAGGUGCAGAAUUCCUGGUUCUGAGCAGGUGCCCAGAAGGUACCAUUAGGUGCCAUGAUCCAGGCUGAACCAAUAUACAGUGGGGCUGAAGUCUGCAAGGAGGUUGCUGGCUUGGGCUGACCUCACUAAUGCCGUCAGCAGCGGUAGGUAAAUUUUCUCUCCUUGUGUGUUACAAGUUUUUGUCUGGAGCCAACCAAGCUUGCUACCAACAUAUUGAGAGUAAUACACUAUUGAAAGUUAUCUUGGAUGGGGAGAAAAAAAAAUAGUGGUUUUCCUUGUUUGCAAAAACUUCCUUCCUAUUCCCAUUUUUUCUUAAUUUUCUUUAAUUUAGUCCAAGUUCCAGUUCUUUUAGGCCUUCUCUUUGAUUUAUUUUCCCCUGCAUGUGAGAAGCAGUUCAGAAAAAGGUCUAUUUCUCCACCUCCUAGUGAGUUAGAGUGUUUUCUCAGAGCACCUCUGGGUGGCAAAUGGAAGCAUGUUCCUGCCAAGGUUUGCUGUGGAUUCAGAAGCACCAGGAGCAAGAGACCAGAAGGAUGAUCUGCUCCUUUGUAACGUUAUUGAGGGCCCUCUUGUUUCCAAUGAGCAGCUUAUAGGUUACUCACAGUCCACUUUCUCACUGGACACACAAAGUGGCUCUUUAUCUACCUUUGCGGGAGAUUUUCACUCUCCUGCAAAUGAUCGUUCUCACACUCAUAUUAGCUCAUGUUGGAAUUUCCCAUCCUGCCACGUCCUUUCCCAUUUCUUUUUGGCUUUUUUGCCUCCACCUUUUAGCCCACAUCAUUUAACUCCACUACUGUGAAAGCUUGCUUAAAGAAAAUCCCUCUUGGCCGGGCGUGGUUGCCCACGCCUCUAAUCCCAGCACUUUUUUGGGAGGCUGAGGCGGGCAGAUCACAAGGUCAGGAGAUCGAGACCAGCCUGACCAACAUGGUGAAACCCUGUCUCUACUAAAAAUACAAAAAUUAGCUGGGCGUGUUGGCACACACCUGUAAUCCCAGCUACUCAGGAGGCUGCGGCAGGGGAAUUACUUUAACCUGGGGGGCGGAGCCGAGAUUGCGCUACUGCACUCCAGCCUAGGCAACAGAGGGAGACUCUGUCUCAUAAAAAAAAAAAAAAAAAGGCCGGGCUUGGCGGCUCACGCCUGUAAUCCCAGCACUUUGGGAGGCCGAGGCGGGCGGAUCACGAGGUCAGGAGAUCGAGACCACAGUGAAACCCUGUCUCUACUAAAAACACAAAAAAUUAGUCGGGCGCGGUGGCGGGCGCCUGUGGUCCCAGCUGCUCGGGAGGCUGAGGCAGGAGAAUGGCGUGAACGUGGGAGGCGGAGCUUGCACUGAGCCGAGAUCGCGCCACUGCACUCCAGUCUGGGCGACAGAGGGAGAGGGAGACUCUGUCUCAAAAAAAAAAAAAAAAAAAAAAAAAAAAAAAAAAUCCCUUUUGUUGUAUUUGAAUGCCACCUUUCAGUCUUCUUCCUUAAGAAUGAUAGGAAGGGGCUUUGCAAAUCUCUAGUGGCAACAGUCUUCCUUCGCUUAUUCCUACCAUGUUGGAAAUGCAGGACUCAGUCAGCAGGUGACUGAGUCUUUCAUGAACACUUUGCUCCUCUGUGUCUCAUUUAUGCAAAAUUCCUGGUGACUGUCCACUAACAUUUUUAAAGUGAAAGCAAACUUUCACUUUAAAAAAAGUGAGCGAGAGGAUCACUUGAGCCCAGGAGUUCAAGGCCAGUCUGGGCAAACAUAGCAAGACCCCAUCCGUAAAAAAAAAUAAGUUUUAUUAAAUGUGGCACUUUCCCCUAGAAGGGCAGAAACCCCAGGAACCAGUCUGCCUCUUUUCGAAUAAAGGAGACUUUUUAAAAAGAAAAAAUUUCUUUUUAUGGUGGGGUGCUCUUUAUCUAGCAUCUUUUCUUCCUCCUUCUCUCUGCAAAAUUCAACAUUCAUGACAGAGGGCCACGCCAACCACGGGUUUAUAGAGAGAGGAACUGAACAGCUGUUGAUUCCCAUCUGGAAUAUAUUUAAUGUUUGCCUGCUUGUGGAGCAUGGUAUUUAAAGGGUGUGGAUGGAUGAAUGUUUAAAAAAAACACACAAAAAACUAUGCACAAGCUGUGUGAGAGAUGGCUAGGUCCAUCUAUGAUUUUUUUUAAAAGAAGAAUUUUAAUACCUUUUCUUUGACAGUGAACUGUAUUUAGAAAUAUGAUCUUUAUUGUGAAAUGCUCAUAAAAUGCAAACAAACUGCAUGUUUGGCCAUAGGCUAGAAUAAUAUAUUAAAAGAAUUAAUGGAAAGUAGUAUUGUCUGGGUUUCAUGAAACUAUUCCAGAUAAUAUUCUCCAGCAAAACUUAUGGUAACCUGUAUUUUAUAAUGUCAAUCUGCUGGACCAAGUUAAUUUAGAAAAUAAUUUUUAAUCCUCAGAUUUUCAAAACUUGGACUACUGCAAGACUGAUAUGUACUUUUUAUGCCCAAAUCAUAUUUUUCAAAGAUAGGACAUCAUAAGGCAUCAUUAUUUCUAAUGUAUCUUUUAACUAGAUAGAAAAAGCUUUACUGUCUAAAUAGGACUUCUGCUCAAAACCUAAUGGGAAAGCUAUUUCUGGGGUAAGAUUUGUAACAGUGCUUCUAGGUCAUUUCAUGUUUUAUAGGGAAAAAGAUCUUUGUACACCUCCUCAACCUGUUAGUAGAAAUGUUGACUUCGAUUUUUUGCACCCUCUUCACAGGACCUCAUAAGUUGCCUCUGUUCUUGGAAAGCAAUGGGAAUAAAAAUAUGCUGUUGAAAAUAGUGCAUGGGGCCAGGCACAGUGGUUAUGCCUGUAAUCCCAACACUUUGGGAGGCUGAGGCGGGCGCAUCAUGAGGUCAGGAGAUCAAGACCAUCCUGACCAACACAUGGUGAAACCCCAUCUCUACUAAAAUAAAUUUAAAAAAAAUUAGCCAGGCAUGGUGGCGCACGCCUGUAGUCCCAGCUACUCGGGAGGCUGAGACACAAGAAUUGCUUGAACCCGGGAGGUGGAGGUUGCAGUGAGCCAAGAUUGCGCCACUGCACUCCAGCCUGGCUACAGAGUGAGACUCCAUCUCGAAAAAAGAAAAUAGUACAUGGAGGGCAUGCAUUUUAGUUUAGGAAACCCCCCUCCCUUCCCAGUUCCAGAGGGAGAAAUUAUAAGCUAUACUGUGCCAAAAGUGAGUGGGGCUGCAGAGAGGAUGGUGCCUUUUCUCACCUUCUGAGUUAAUGCCCGACAUCUGCCAUAGGAUUCAUUGACCAAAGGAAGUCAUUUCUACUGUAUAAACUCAGACAAGAGUGUCAUAGCCCAACAAGUAAAUAAUAAAUGUUCAUUGGUUUUGGAAGGAAGGAAAGGUGAAUAUUACCCCACCAAAUACCAGCGAAGAGCACCCUGGCUUUGGCCAUCUUUCCAAGGUUCAUAAUUGCUGUGGGCCUGGUGAGCCCUGUUCCCAGGUAUGCAAGGGGAAGGCUUCUCCAGGCCAGACAUUGCUGUAGGUUUUCAGGCAGCAACUCCCCCAUCAUAUUUUGGGUGUCAUUUCCCACUAUCUCUCCCCACUUCUCAGCCUGUGCCCCAGAAACAACCACAGCAGCCUCAUUCUGCAGACUUAACAUCUGUCAGACAGCCUUCCUGAAAAGGAAAGUUAUUGCAGGAAUCCAGGCCAAACAACAAGUAGAAUAGAGCCAUCUAAAGUUAUUAAUAAUGAGUUCAGGGAAAUAGAUGAUUUUUUUCCUGGCAUAGUCAAUAUUUAUAUCUCACAACAAGUCAAAAAUAAUUUUCCAUUUGGAAAACAAAACACACCAUGACUGUAAUUGUUAAGGCAUAUAAUCAUGAACUUCACAUGCUCCCUCCGCAAAUGUUACUGCUCUAGGGAAAUCAUAGAAAAGGACCCUCUUAUUCCCCAGGGGAUCAAAGCAAGUCCCCUUAGGAAUUUCAUGUGUGCCAUGGGUCUGUUUUUAUUUCACAGUGACUAGUCAUAUACUGGAGUAGCUCUGUUGUUCAUUAUUUGUAACAGGUCCAUGUAACAGUCAAGUUAGCAUUCAAACAAUUAUGGAUGUGAUACUAUGAUGUACUUUUGUUAUGAUUGUAUAUGCUUAAUAACAAAGUUAUUUUUCUUACA